ACAUAUAUAUAUAUAUUCAAAGUUGAUUUCCAAAAUUACAACUAUGGAUUCUAGCAAAAAUGCAAUAUUAUUACGAUUAAUAGAAGAAGGAGAUUGCAUUGAAUUAAAAAACUUCUUAGACAAUUGUAUAGAAUAUGAAAAUGAUAUUGAUUUUGACCGUCGUCCACUUUUCGGGUACCCUCAAUUUAACUAUGAUUGUUUCAUAGCAUCUGCAGAAAAUAACGAUGGACUCAUAGACGACAGCCAUGAUCGCAAUAUUAAGAAUGAAGUGAAAGAAAUAUUAUCAAUUUAUAAGAAUUCCGAUUUAAAACCGUUAUUAGCGCAUCCAGUCGUUUCCAGUUUUCUAUAUAAAAAAUGGUCGAGUGUCUGUUUACUGUAUACAUUGAAUUUCAUAUUCUAUAUAUUAUUUAGUUUAUUUCUAUGCUUGCAUAUUAAUAAUACUUCAAAUGGUAUCUUUAACUUUUUGUGUAAACUGUUUACUUCUCUAAUGAUCCUCAGAGAGAGUGUAUUAUUGGUCUGGACGUUCCAAAGUUACAUCAAAAAUUUUGAAAAUUAUUUAAAGAUAUUUUUCAUUAUUUCAUUAUUAGCAUUGUUCUCUACUAAUCUAACAGACGUUGAAAGCAUGAAACAAUUAAUUUCCGUUAUUAUUUUACUUGGUUCUUUUCAAUUUAUAUUUAUCAUGGGGAAAUAUCCAGUGAUGUCCGUUAAUAUAAUUAUGUUCAGAACGGUUUCCUUUAACUUUCUGAAAUUCUUUUCUUUCUACUUCUUUAUAAUCAUCGCAUUUGCCGUCUGCUUUCACAAGCUUUUCGGCGAAGACUCCGACAACAGUUUCAAAAAUUAUUUGCAGGCUUUCUUCAAAACUAUCAUAAUGUUAACAGGGGAAUUCGAUUCGACUGCAAUACAAUUCGAUAGGCAUCCGAUAAUCAGUCACGGUAUUUUUGUUACUUUCAUCUUGUUUGCAGUUAUUGUCUUGCUUAAUCUGAUCAACGGAUUAGCGGUAAAUGAUAUACAGAAAAUUCGAAAGCAAGCGAAACUCAACAGUUUGAUUGCUCUAACAGAAUUGUUGUAUAAUAUAGAAGCUCUGUACAUAAAUGUGAAUGAGUGCAAGUGGAUGAGAAGUGCAUUAAAUUAUUUGGAUAAUAUGCGAAUUUUAUCUUGCAUGAAGAAAUAUAUUUGUUCAUUCUCUUUAUCGUCUAGAAAUCAUGAACAGGUAAACUUAAUUCAGCAAGUUAUGGUGCCUAAAACCACAGGAGAUAUACGUGUAGCAAAGAAAAUACUUCAUAUGCGAGCAGAAGAGGAACAACAGCAGGGUGAUAAGCUCCUCAAAGAAAUAAGGAAAAUUGUUAGAAGUGAAUUGGAUCUGUAUUUCAGGAAAUAAUUAAUUAAAUGUAAAAUAUUUAAUUUAUAUUUAUUUCUAAUAUUUGUAUUAAAUUAUUACUAUUAAAUAUUACCAAAAAUAUAUACAUGUAAUAUUUAUUUAGAUAAUAUGCGUUAAUACCUACCAUUUUUAAUCGCAAGUUAUUAGUCUUUCUCAAAGUUUUUAAUUAUAUUUUUAUUAUGCUUUACUACAUCGGUCCUCAACCUUUUUGACCUCACAAACCACAAAACUCCAAAUAUUGAAUGUCGCGGACCACCAAACUCAAAAUUUUUAAUCCAGCAUACAACUACAAGGACUUAAAAGAAAUAAAAGAAUGAAAUAGUGCCUUUUAUAAAAACGCAACUAAAUAAUGCAAAAAUUGCAAACAAAAUGGAUUCACAAUAUAAUAAAAACAUAAAUAAUCGUCCAUGGAAAGUCCAUUUGAUCCUGCGGACCGGGGGUUGGGGACCACUGCUUUACUACACUAGAGAAAUACAAAAUAAAAUGAUUGGGAUAGAAUAUCAAAGAUAAUAUGAGGGAUUUUAAUACUUCUUAAAAUUUCAUAUAAUCAAUA